AUGGAUAUCAACGAGUUUAGAACGGCGGCCAAGACGGCCAUUGACGAGAUCGCCGACUAUCACGAAAAUGUCGCCUCAAAGCGAGUCGUCUCCGACGUCCAACCCGGCUAUCUACGCCCAUUGCUGCCUCACUCCGCGCCCUUAGAUCCAGAGCCAUUCGACGCCAUCCGCGCCGACAUCCAAGACAAGAUCAUGCCCGGCAUCACACACUGGUCCAGUCCCGGAUUCAUGGCCUUCUUCCCCUGCUCGAGCAGCUAUCCCGCCGCCAUUGCGGAGAUGUACUCGAAUGCCUUCAACGGCGCGCACUUCAACUGGAUCUGCAGCCCUGCCGUGACGGAGCUCGAAACCAUUGUGCUCGACUGGGUCGCCCAGGCUCUCGGUCUACCCGAAUGCUACACCUCCGGUGGCAGCACCCACGGCGGCGGUGUCCUCCACGGCACGGCCAGCGAGGCCAUCCUGACAGUCAUGGUUGGCGCGCGAGACAAAUACCUCACCGCAAAGAUAGCCCACCUCCCUGACGGUGAGGAAAAGGAGGAGGAAACAUGGCGACUGCGAAGUAAACUCGUUGCUCUCGGCAGCGCAGGCGCCCACUCGAGCACCAAGAAGGCCGCGCAGGUGCUGGGCGUGCGAUUCGCAACCGUCCCAGUCUACGAGGAGGACGGGUUCGCCAUGAAGGGCGAGCACUUAGCCAAGACGCUCGACGAGCUCAAAGCCAAGGGUCUCGAGCCCUUCUACCUCACCACCACCAUGGGCACAACGGACGUCUGCGCCGUCGACGACUUUGCCAGCAUCGCCACCACUCUCCAGGACAGAAUCGCCGCGGGAGCAACCGAGAUAUUCGUCCACGUGGAUGCUGCGUACGCGGGAUCUGCGCUCCUCCUCCCCGAGAACCAGCACCUCACGCAGCCCUUUACGCACUUCCACUCCUUCAACUUCAACCCGCACAAGUGGAUGCUCACAACGUUCGACUGCAGCGCCACCUUUGUCCGCUCGAGAGCCGACCUCAUCACCGCGCUGAGCAUCAAGCCCCCCUACCUGCGGAACCAGUUCUCCGACAACGAGCUCGUCACCGACUACAGGGACUGGCAGAUUCCGCUGGGCCGGCGCUUCCGCUCCCUCAAGCUGUGGUUCGUCCUCCGCAGCUACGGCAUCCGUGGUCUGCAGGCGCAUAUCCGCAACGGUGUCUCCCUGGGUGAGAGUCUGGAAGCGAAGCUGAGGAGCAGAACGGAUUUGUUCACGGUGUUUACGCCCGCGCGGUUUGCGCUCGUGUCGCUGAGGGUGAAUGGUAAGGAUGAGGAGGAUGUGAAUCGGCGGACGGAGGAGGUGUACGAGCGGAUUAAUGCCUCGGGGGAGUUCUACCUCACGAGCACGGUUGUUGCGGAUAAGUUUGCGAUUCGGGUUGGCACGGGGGUUGCGGCCGUGAGGGAGGAGCAUGUGCAGAAGGUGUUUGAUGCGUUGGUCAGAGAGGCGGAGAGGCUGUAG